GCGCCGCUCCAACCAGCACGCGAAAAGCCUCCUCCUCCAGAUCCCACCUGCGGGUCCUGCAUGGGGGACCGAGAAUCCUCGCCGGAUCAGGCGGGGUGAGGGGAGGGAGGAAGGGAGACUGCAGGAGCGGCCAGUGCUGCUGGGCAUUGCACACCGAUAAUCACCGCUAUGGCAGCUCCCAGUGGCACGGAGGAGAGGGCAGUGUGGCAGGAGCCCUGGCAGCCCUCCUGGGUUGUGAUGAUGCUGCAGCUUGCGAGAGACACACUGACCUGGCAGAGGCCCCUGCACAGCCUGGCAACCUUCCUCUGCAGCCACCUUGUACUCUGGUUUCUUGCCGUGACUUCCUGGAGAAUCUAUCGCUUAUUAUCACUCUUUUUGCUUGCACUCGUUAUGGUUCAGAUUAUUAAACAUUUUAUACUGUCCAGAAGUAGAGGAGUACAGCUGUGGAAAGGUUUUGUCAGAAGGUGGGAGGCGAUCAGCUCUAAUUCAGAAUGCAAGCCACGGCUCAGUCAGUGCAUCGCAGAGUCAUGGUCGAGCUACAGCACAUUUCUGCAGGAGCUGUCUCAAUUUAAACAUCAAAAUCCAGGCAAGUUUUGCCUCCUGGUCUGCAGUGUGUGUACAUUCUUCACUAUAUUGGGAAGCUACAUUCCUGGGGUAGUCCUCUCUUAUUUAAUAUUAUUGUGUGCCUUCUUGUGUCCAUUGUUAAAAUGUAAUGAAUUUGGACAGAAAGUAUACAGCAAGUUAAAGCCAGUUCUGCAGAAGCUGGAUUUCGGUGUACAGUCCUAUAUGAUCCAGUGGAUGAAAGCCAGAUCCAAACAGGAGUAUAUUGCAGCAGAAGACAGUGAAGUAGAACUAUCUGGAUUAUGUCCUCAGAUCAGUCAGGAAAAAGUAGCCAAGGCACUGUCAGUUUCUGACACAGAACCUUCAGACUUGUCCUGGACAGACAAUGGAACGUUCAACCUCUCAGAAGGGUACACUCCACAGACUGAUACAUCAGAUGAUCUUGAUCGGCCAAGUGACCAGGAGGAGGCUUUCUCUAGAGACCUGGCUGAAUUCCCCUCUCCAGAGAAUGGUUCAGGGUCCAAUGAUGAAGACUCAAGCAUUGGCCUGCCUUCUAAGCCAAAGAGCAAGCAUGAAGAGAGUCACAAAUCAAAUCUUGAGAAGUGUUCAUCCGCAGCACUGUCAUUGCUCCUGCGUAGUGAGCAGCCAUACCAUCUACUCACUGGUACGGCUGGUGAGGCCAUCACAGCUGUUGUCUCAGCAGCUAUCACAGACCAGUUACAAACAGUCUUGCUCACCUCACAACCUCCAGCUGCAAGCUCCAUUGAGGAUACUGACACUGAGGAAGCUGAUGACUUUGAACUUUUGGACCAGUCGGAGCUUGAGGACAUAGAAGAACUGCGACAUUCAUCAAGCCAAGAACCCGAGGGCAAGAAGCCUUCUUCAGGAUUUCUCUCAAGUCUACUUGGGGGACAUUAACAACGUAUAACGUUUACCACUCCUAUUACUAUAAAUUGUGAGGAAAACAACAAGGAGCCCUCACAGAAAAUAAACAAAUAAAAUAAUUUAAUACACAACAAGAGUAAUUAUGGGAAUUUAAAAGCUGUUAGCUUAAGGUAUUGCUCCCUUUAGAAGUUUGUUGUCACUUUAGCCUCACAUGAACUAUCAGCUAUCUCACAGAUCUUUUCCUUAUUGGGCCUUGAGAUUGUUGCAUGGAGUUGUAUAUGUACUCACAGCAGAUAUGAGCCAUAGCUCUUACAUGCUAAAGGAAAAAACAACUCUAAUGACGUAUCUUUUCAUCUGGUGCAUAUCAAGGUUUACAAACAGAUGUCUUCUCCUGAUAACCCUUAUGAUCAGUGCGUCUGGACAGAGAGAAUAGCAAUAUCUGCAAAGUCUGGAAGUUGCAGGUUAGUAUAAGAGUGCACAAUUUGAAAAUACAGAAUCACUUUGGUAAUCGUUAUACCUGCCAAUGUCCACUAAGUAGCCAUGUAGGGUCAGAUGAAACUCUUAGCGGUUUGCUGAAUGACCUUAUUUGUCUAUGCACUUUCAUUAAUUAUAUAGGUCAGUAGCUGUGUAGUACUUAAAUACUGUACAACCACAUCUGUGGUUGAGUUAUAUGUAUCAGUAAUAACAUGUUCCCUCAUACAUAGGGUAACCUAGCUGCAGUUCUAUAAGACAUUAGUUUACAUGCCGAGUACAGGGUCCAUUUAUGACUUAAGCUGGUCUGCAGAGUUUUAAUUCUAUUUUUUUAACAUGUUAAAAUUCAAUUUCUCCAAGUAUCACUGUUGCCAUGGUAACUCAAUAAUCACUAUUCAGUGGAUCCUGACAAUUCUAGGUUGUCAUGAAAGCUGUAAAUUUACUAAGAUACCUCUAACACUUCACAAAAUGUAUCAUGCAUGAAAGAGUACAAGUCACUUACUGUGGUACAUAUACGUAUCUGCUACAGCAAGCUAUAAAUUGCUGCUAACUGGAAGAAAUACACCAUAAGACUUAAAUAUAGCGGAUCAUUUAUAUUUGUGUUGAAAAGCUCUUCACUGUCUUUUCUAUUUUUACCACCUAUAUACAGUAUGUUGAGAGAGAGAGAGAAGGGAAUCCAAUAUAAUCCAAAAAGCACAGAAUUUAAUUAUAUUAGGAAAGCAAUACAAAGAACUGCGUUGUACCUUUCUAACUGUACUUUUGCUAAAUCAAGGGGGAUGAUGAAGAGUUAAAUGUAAGCCAAUUUGCGUAGCUUAUCUUCUGUUCUGGCGCUGAACAAUAUAAUUUGUCUAACUGAAAAUGUACAUGUUGGGUUGUAAUGUCCUUGUGUCAUCACAUUGCCAUUACUGUAUAUAUAGCUCUGCAUACAGUAUACUGCUGUAUAUGCUGCCCUUGUAUCAGUCAUUUUUGUGGCACUGUCGCCCUCUACUGGGUACAGAUUGGAAUUGUUUUAUUUAAAUAGCUACAGUAUGUGCCUUUAAGAAAUAGUCCCAACAAAGCAAUGCUAACAUAAACAUAACAAAUGAUAAUUGAGCAUUUCGCCUGGAAUAGGGCCUAACAUUGCUCAUUUUUGCUUGUGCCUCUGGAGUGUGUGAGCAAAAAUGGGCAACAUUUAAGCCCUAUUCAAGGUGCAAUGCUCAUCGUGGGACUAAUACUGAGUUGGUCUCAGCCCUUUAUGAAUGUUAAAACAAUGUGCAAGGCGACUCGCACAUUAUUGAAUCUCCCCCUGAGAGUAGAGUGUUCUCUAUCAGUAUCUGAGGAGCUCUAUAUUUUGUGUCUAUAAUGAAGCAACCUGAGGUAUAUGUAUCAGGCAUCUGACUUCAGAGAGUAGCUAGGGGAAUAUAUAAAAACAGCGUUUCCUUAUGAUUUACCCUGUUGAUUGGCACCGCCUCAAGGUGUCUAUUCCCAAAGGUGUAAUUAGCAGUUAUAAAAUACCUACCUAAACCAAUGUGAGGGGGAGGGUUAAAUCGCUGUGCAAGUGUGUGAUCGCAUGUGUAGCAGAGCUGCACAAACUGAUUUUGUGCAGUCUCUGCGCAGCCCAGAACUUACUCUUCCUGUGCGAUUGAUUCCUGCUGAUCGGGGCUGGAGUUGACGUCAGACACCCUCCCUUAAAACACCUGAGCCCGCCUGCGUUUUUCCGGACACUCCGGAAAACGGUCAGUUGCCACCCAAAAACGGCCUCUACCUGUCAAACUCAUUGCAAACGCCCAUGCGAAUGGAUCAUUCGCACCAUCCCAUCGCUGACCGGUGAUGCCUGUUGAAGCCAUGCGACACACAGGCGCAUUGCGGUGCAUACGCAUGCACAGUUCGGAUCUGAUCGCCCGCUAUGUGAAAACGCACAGCAGCGAUCAGAUCUGAAUUAGGCUCAAAGUCUUUUAUCUCUCAGACACUGAGACAUUCAAUAUUUUAUGUUAAGGGGAAACUCAAUUGCCGACGACUUGUUCGCCCGGCCGAAUUCUCUCCAUACCCACCGUACUUUUCAUUCCCCAAGGGGGUGGUACCGCCCACAUUUGAAAAACACUGGGCUGUAGUACAAUGGCUUCAAAAGAGCCUAAAUUGUUCAUGCAUGAGUGCACUACUAAUUAGUCUCUUUACGUAAUUUAAUAACAUCGACAACUGCUGACAACUGUGCAAGAACAGUUUCCAUGAUAAAUAUCGCUACUAUAUAGUAGUCUAGUUACAGUAUAUGUCUGCCUUUAGCAGUUGCCUAUUUGUAUUUUUAUUUGCCACAUGUGCCUGCCUUGCACCAGUAUAGCUUUGGUGAUGAUUCUCCUUGAAGUAGUUUAAGCUGAUAGUUUCCAUAGUUUGAUGUUUCUAGUAAGCUAUUGAAAGACCCCUGGUUCUGUUUACAUCAUUUCAUUAUUCCAUUACAUGUAGGAAAUAUACUGUACCAGAGUACUUUAUAAUAGGUACUGUAUACUAAUUAGCAAGUCAGGCUUUGAUUAAUAGGGUGUUACUAUACCAAGUCAAGAGCUAGCAUCUCUUUUUCUAUUUUCUAUUGAAAGACAAUUUAAACCACGUCUGCUCAGGCAGAUUCCACCAAGGGAACUGAGUAGAAAAUGCUUUUUUGCUUACACUUAAACGCUUAGUAAGUUAUUGUGGAGCACAGGUGUCAUGUUGUCAGUGGUACUGUGCAGUGGCGCAGAGAGGGGGGAAGCGGGUACUAAUUACCCAUGCCUGGGCUGCUGAAAGGGCCCAGCAGGGACCUGGGUCUGCUGCCCCCUCCUCCUGGGUAUACCUAUACUUAAGGCUGGCACUGUGCCAGAGACUUUACUCUCAAUGUGCAGACGCCAUCUUCCUGACGAUAUCACUGGGAAGAUGGCGCUGGCCAAGAAGGAGGGACCCACUUUCCACAAGCAAGGUAGAAAGCAGGUGCCCUCACCCAUGCCUCCCCUGGAUCAGAAUGGUGUACCCGGUGGAGUGCGCGAUUAUUAAUUUUUUACACUUUAUUAUUUUUAGAGGACGUGGGCAUGUACCGUGUUCAUUAAUGGGUCCCUGCAUGGCUCUCUACGCCCCCGGUACUGCCAUUUUAUAUAUAUAUAUAUAUAUAUAUAUAUAUAUAUAUAUAUAUAUAUAGAGAGAGAGAGAGAAAAGAAGUUUGGCCAGCACUCCACGGCUUUGGAAAUAAAUACACAGCUACUACAGCAUCUUGCCGGCCAAACUUUUUGUCAUGCUCUAUAUAGUUCCUCAUCAGUCCGGGGAUAGGCACCGAGGUGUUUUAAAAGUCUGUGUAGAGUGCCGGUCAAAGCUGCGAUUAUAUAUAUAUAUAUAUAUAUAUAUAUAUAUAUACUGUAUACAGAUACACUGUAAUUAUAUAUGCCAGCAAUACUGCACUUAACAUUAGUGAUGUGCACCGGACAUUUUUCGGGUUUUGGUUUUGGAUUCGGUUCCGCAGCCGUGUUUUGGAUUCGGACGCGUUUUGGCAAAACUUCACCGAAAAUUUUUUGUCGGAUUCGGGUGUGUUUUGGAUUCGGGUGUUUUUUUUAAAAAAACCUAAAAAACAGCUUAAAUCAUAGAAUUUGGGGGUCAUUUUGAUCCCAUAGUAUUAUUAACCUCAAUAACCAUAAUUUCCACUCAUUUCCAGUCUAUUCUGAACACCUCACAAUAUUAUUUUUAGUCCUAAAAUUUGCACCGAGGUCGCUAGUUGGCUAAGCUAAGCGACACAAGUGGCCGACACAAACACCUGGCCCAUCUAGGAGUGGCACUGCAGUGUCAGGCUGGAUGGCACUUAAAAAAAAUUGUCCCCAAACAGCACAUGAUGCAAAGAAAAAAAGAGACGCACCAAGGUCGCUGUGUGACUAAGCUAAGCGACAAAAGUGGCCGACACAAACACCUGGCCCAUCUAGGAGUGGCACUGCAGUGUCAGGCAGGAUGGCACUUCAAAAAAAUAGUCCCCAAACAGCACAUGAUGCAAAGAAAAAAAGAGGCGCAAUGAGGUAGCUGUGUGACUAAGCUAAGCGACCCAAGUGGCCGACACAAACACCUGGCCCAUCUAGGAGUGGCACUGCAGUUUUCUAGCGAGAGGAUGAGUGCUUCCAUCCUCAUGUGAAGCUGAACCACUAGCCAUGAACAUAGGCCAGGGCCCCAGCCGUUCCUUGCCACUCCGUGUCGUAAAUGGCAUAUUGGCAAGUUUACGCUUCUCCUCAGACGCUUUUAAUUUUGAUUUUUGGGUCAUUUUACUGAACUUUUGUUUUUUGGAUUUUACAUGCUCUCUACUAUGACAGUGGGCAUCGGCCCUUGGCAGACGACGUUGAUGGCAUUUCAUCGUCUCGGCCAUGACUAGUGGCAGCAGCUUCAGCACGAGGUGGAAGUGGAUCUUGAUCUUUCCCUAUUUUACCCUCCACAUUUUUGUUCUCCAUUUUUUAAUGUGUGGAAUUAUAUGCCAGUAUCAAUAGCAAUGGCCUACUACUAUAUAUACUGCGCACAACUGAAAUGCACCACAGGUAUAGAAUCUAGAUGAAUAGUAUACUUGAAGACACAGAGGUAGGUACAGCAGUGGCCUUCCGUAUCGUACUGCUAUAUAUACUGGUGGUCACUGUGUCAGCAAACUGCACAACUGAAAUGCACCACAGGUAUAGAAUGUAGAUGGAUAGUAUACUUGAUGACACAGAGGUAGGUACAGCAGUGGCCUUCCGUACCGUACUGCUAUAUAUACUGGUGGUCACUGUCAGCAAACUGCACAACUGAAAUGCACCACAGGUAUUGAAUGUAGAUGGAUAGUAUACUUGACGACACAGAGGUAGGUACAGCAGUGGCCUUCCGUACCGUACUGCUAUAUAUACUGGUGGUCACUGUGUCAGCAAACUACACAACUGAAAUGCACCACAGGUAUAGAAUCUAGAUGGAUAGUAUACUUGACGACACAGAGGUAGGUACAGCAGUGGCCUUCCGUACCGUACUGCUAUAUAUAUUGGUGGUCACUGUGUCAGCAAACUGCACAACUGAAAUGCACCACAGGUAUAGAAUCUAGAUGGAUAGUAUACUUGACGACACAGAGGUAGGUACAGCAGUGGCCUUCCGUACCGUACUGCUAUAUAUACUGGUGGUCACUGUGUCAGCAAACUGCACAACUGAAAUGCACCACAGGUAUAGAAUGUAGAUGGAUAGUAUACUUGACGACACAGAGGUAGGUACAGCAGUGGCCUUCCGUACCGUACUGCUAUAUAUACUGGUGGUCACUGUCAGCAAACUGCAAAACUAAAAUGCACCACAGGUAUAGAAUGUAGAUGGAUAGUAUACUUGACGACACAGAGGUAGGUACAGCAGUGGCCUUCCGUACCAUACUGCUAUAUAUACUGGUGGUCACUGUGUAGGCAAACUGCACAACUGAAAUGCACCACAGGUAUAGAAUGUAGAUGGAUAGUAUACUUGACGACACAGAGGUAGGUACAGCAGUGGCCUUCCGUACCGUACUGCUAUAUAUACUGGUGGUCACUGUGUCAGCAAACUGCACAACUGAAAUGCACCACAGGUAUAGAUGGAUAGUAUACUUGACGAGACAGAGGUAGGUACAGCAGUGGCCUACUGUACCGUAAUGCUAUAUAUUAUAUACUGGUGGUCAGCAAACUGUGCAAAACUGAAAUGCACCACAGGUAUGGAUGGAUAGUAUACUUGACGACACAGAGGUAGGUACAGCAGUGGCCUACUGUACCGUAAUGCUAUAUAUUAUAUACUGGUGGUCAGCAAACUGUGCAAAACUUAAAUGCACCACAGGUAUGGAUGGAUAGUAUACUUGACGACACAGAGGUAGGUACAGCAGUGGCCUUCUGUACCGUACUCCUAUAUAUUAUAUACUGGUGGUCAGCAAAAUUAUGCACUCUACUCCUACUAUAUACUACACAAUGCAGCACAGAUAUGGAGUGUUUUUCAGGCAGACAACGUAUACUGGUAGUCACUGCUCAGCAAAACUCUGCACUGUACUCCUCCUAUAUAAUAUUAUACUGGUGGUCCCCAGACCCCACAAUAAAGCAGUGUGAGCACAGAUAUAUGCAGCACACUGAGCACAGAUAUGGAGUGUUUUUCAGGCAGACAACGUAUACUGGUGGUCCCUGUCAGCAAAACUCUGCACUGUACUCCUCCUAUAUAAUACAGCUGCUCCCCAGUCCCCACAAUUAAGCAGUGUGAGCACAGAUAUAUGCAGCACACUGAGCACAGAUAAGGAGCGUUUUUUUCAGGCAGAGAACGGAUAAAACUGGUGGUCACUGAUCAGCAAAACUCUGCACUGUACUCCUCCUAUAUUAAUAUAAAGCUGCUCCCCAGUCCCCACAAUGAUAUAAGCAAGCACAAAUAUUUGCAUCAACUCAACAAUGAAUAAACGGAGAGGACGCCAGCCACGUCCUCUCCCUAACAUUUCCAAUGCACGAGUGAAAAUGGCGGCGACGCGCGGCUGCUUAUAUAGAAUCCGAAUCUCGCGAGAAUCCGACAGCGGGAUGAUGACGUUCGGGCGCGCUCGGGUUAACCGAGCCAUACGGGAGAAUCCGAGUAUGCCUCGGACCCGUGGAAAACGGGUGAAGUUCGGGGGGGUUCGGUUUCCGAGGAACCGAACCCGCUCAUCACUACUUAACAUCGGUGCUACCUGCACUCAUAUUGGUAGUGAUGUGGCUUUAUUGAUUUGUAUACAUCAGUGGAUGUUUGUGAGAGAGAAUGUUGUAUUCUAUCAUUAGAGCAACCACCAGUAUCAACUGAAAAUAGGUUGUGAUCCCGAUAGUAUUUAAAUAUUAUUACUAACCUUUAAUGGUAACGGCAUUACAGAGAAUAUUUAAUCAUUCACAUAGGUUUAUACCACAGUGGUGUUUACAGUCUGAAUUAUCUGCCACACAAACACACACAUAUUACCAUUAACCUACCAUAUUUUUGGACUGUGGCUGGAAUCUCGAGCAGAUACAGAGAGUACAUGCAAACUUCACACCGGUAAUGUAAUUGGUCUAGAAUGGAGCCUAUGUUUUUGGUGCUUUGAGACGACAUUGUUAACCACUGAGCCACUCAAGAUUAUAUACUGGAAGAUCAAUGACGGUAAAUAUAAUACUUCUUUAUACACUUACUGAUAUACACUGUAUACACUUACUGAUUAGUGCUUUCAUUCUGAAUAAUGCGGCAUGCAGAACACAAACAAUAUGGGGCUGAUUGUGAGUUGAGACUGAGAGUAAAGGGGGGUACACAUGGAGAGGUCUGUAUUUAUUAGAUUGCUUAGAAAUUAAGCAUGGAUCUCUCCGUGUGUAUGCCCAUAGGGAUUAGGGAUAGCAGGCACAAUCUAGUCAGGUUGCCCACUUCACCACUGUGUGAAGUGAGCACACCCCUUCCCCCUCACUCAGCACACAUCGCGCUGUGUAAUGAGCGGGGGAGAGAUGUGCGCUGAGCAUUCUGUGAUAGAUCGCUCAUCACACAUCUCUACCGUGUGUACCCCCCUUAAAGCAGGAAAUAACAAGUAACUUUGCACCUGGUCAAAACCAUGUUGCACUGCAAGUGGGGCAGAUGUAAAUGUGCUAAGAGAUUUACAUUUCGAUAAGGAGUGUGUCCAAUCUCAAAUCUAAAUUAAGCUGGUCAGUUUUUGUGGGCUUUAUGUAAGAGCAAAAAAAAAAAUAUAUAUAUUUGCACCCCUUGCAAUGCAACAUGGUUUGUUCCAGAUGCAGUUGCUUUCUCUUUUUGCUGUGCUCGAACUUAAAAUCAGCACCUGUGUCUUUUAGUUUUUCUAAAUAAUUGGGCCUUUUCAACAAUUAAAUAUUAUUUUCCAACUAUACUUAUCCUGGUACAGUAAUGGAGUGAUAAAGCCAUCUUGCCGCAAUAGCAGCAUUAAGUGCCAUUAUAGUGCUGCACUGCUGAACAAACAUAAGGAAUUCACCUGUGCCGCAUUAAAUGGUGUAUUCCGGUUGUAGGUAUUCUUGCCACCUUUCUUAUGGUAUAACUGACUUCUAGCUUAUAAAACAUAGUGAUUACUAGAAAUGCACUUUAUUAUUUUUAAAAGCAAACCAUUUCAUUUGCCUUCAUGCAAUGACUAUUCUAACUUGUAAGCCAUGAACACGGAAACGCUACUAUGUUUGAUUUUAACAUAGAAGUAAAAUUAGUGCUACAUGUGUAUUGUAUGCUGAUUUGUUUUUCCAAUUAUUUAUUGUAUAAUUUGCUACAGGAUGCUUGCAACAUAAAAUUAAAAAAUGCACUUUGAUAUUUUACUAAUUUAGGUUGUUCUGUAUGCUAAAAUAAGGUGGAAUCAGAAAUGUAAAUAAAUAAAAUAUUAAACAUUUAA